GUGCUUAUAUUUCAGCCAAUCACGGCGCUGUGGGCGGGACUAAAGAUGAACCAGCGGAAGAUUCAAAACGAAGAUGGCGGCUGAAAAUGAUCCUCAAAACAAUCACAAACUGGGCAGAAGGGGGACAAAGUGCAGCGUCUUCAUCAGCCAGGAGAAGCCAGACGCGAGCCAGCCUGUUAUUUUUAACCCAGACUUCUUUGUGGAGAGGCUGAGACACGAACAUCCUCAAGUGUUCACGGAGCUGGUGCUUAGCAACAUCACUCGACUCAUAGACCUGCCCGGGGCCGAGUUUGCCCAGCUCACCGGAGAGUCUGAGCCCAGGCUGCCCAGCGCCGGCGGCUUCCUGCGCUCCUUCAACUUCCUGAAGCGGAAAGAUAAAGGAGUGGUUUUUGGUGCACCAUUAACUGAAGAAGGAAUAGCACAGAUCUAUCAGCUCAUUGAAUAUCUGAGUAAAAACCUUCAUGCGGAGGGGUUGUUCCGUGUGCCAGGCCACAGCCUAAGACAGGCAGCCCUGAGGGAGAUGCUGAAUGCUGGAGCAGAGAUAGAUCUUGAGACAGGCGAUUUCCACCCCAAUGAUGCUGCUACAUUGCUCAAAGUCUACCUGGGAGAGCUGCCAGAGCCUCUGCUCACGCACAGACACUAUCAUGCUCACCUGAAGAUUGGAGAGUUGACUCGAUUUGAUGAUAAGGGGGAUAAGACGAAUGUGCCUGAUAAGGAACGUCAGAUUGAGGCAUAUCAGCUGCUUUUCAUGCUGCUCCCACCAGCUAAUCGCAGCCUGUUGAAGCUGCUGCUGGACCUACUGUACCACACUGCUCGCAACCAGCACAUCAACAAGAUGUCUGCUAUCAAUCUAGCCACAAUGUUUGCUCCACACAUCAUCUGGCCCAAAAAUGUGAUGGCAAGUGAUCUGCAAGGAAACAUUGAGAAACUCAAUCAAGGCAUAGCAUUCCUCAUCAGGCACUCACAAAAGCUUUUCAAGGCACCCACAUAUAUCAAAGAAUACACCCGCUUAUACUUCACAGGAUCAAAAACUGUUCAAUCAAAGGAUGACUUGACACUCUGUUCUCGGAUUAGAGAUGGGCCCAUGUCUGCAAUACCGCCUGCCUCCCCUUCUCCUUCCAUGACAACAAUCGGAGGAGAUGUCAGCAACACCUGCACCAACCGGUCAUCUGAGUCUGAGAGCUAUACUGAAUCUGCUCUCAGAGAGCUGUACCAACAGGUCAACAACAUGCCCGAGUCUGCCAAAAAGAAGAAACUCAUCAGACAGUUUGAAAAGCAGCACUUGCAGUCGCCUUUGGCUGAGCCUCGGACACCGUUCAGCAGAAAACAUUGGCGUUCACGCUCUCUUGGUGGAAUUAUCAAGAGGAAGGUUUUAGGAAGCCAAGUAUUGACAGAGAAGGAAAACAGCAGACUGCAGAGUCCCAGUGGUUCAGUUGAUGGCCAACGAAGAGAAAAGACCAGCUGUGGAGGAGUCAUCCAGGAUUAACCAUCUUUGUGCUCUUGAAGCAGCUAACAUCAGUUUGACUGUUAUUUCAGAGGUAUCUUCUUGAGGUGUGGACACAAACUAAGCUUGUUUUGACACCCCAUUUACGUCUGUACACAGCUUUCAAGUUUAAAUCCUAAAGGUUCGUAAGAUAUCAAGGAAAUCACCAGAUGAUUGGUUGACAUGCUUUAUCUUUAACCAGUGUACAAUUUCUUCAUUCAUUUCUUUCAGCCCACACAAAUGUGUUGUUCAUUUGUGAAGUUCUGCAGGAUGCCGAUAUGUAUUUACACCAUUGAAUUAGUGACUAUUUAGCUUUAUCUUCAACUGGACGUGUUUAUUUAAUUUGCGAACCCACUUGUAUUUAUUUUUUAUUGGUCAUCUGGAGUCAUCUGGACCCAGUGCAAUCACAUCUAUGCUCUAUUAUGUUAAAUUUGUUAGUAAGUUUAGUUCAACUCACAGUCAGUGCAGACUGUUCAAGACUUUUAUUCGAAAAGGGUUUAAUUCAGAGAUGUGCCUUAAAGUGAAUAUAUCUUAAGUUACUGUAUAAUGCUUUUUUAUUAUUUUAAAUUGAUAUUUUUCCUUUAAUUUUCUGAUAGCUUUAAGCUGAAAGUUUUAAAAAGAAUUAAUUCACGUGUCAGUGAAGUAAGGGAGUGACGACUAAUAGAAGAUGGGAGAUAACGAGGCCAAAGGACCAGCUCGUGUAUAUAUCAUAUGAAAAUUAAUUAAUUCUGUUUCCACUUUAGCUCAAAUCCUGGGUGUCAACACUGUGAUACUUUAAACUACUGCUACUUUAACAUCCUGGUUUUGCAUCUUUAUAUUUUAGUUUUUCUCGGGCCAGUUUGGAUUCUUAUGCAACAUUGUAUACAGUUUAAUAGCUUUAUAUAUAUUUAUGUCUUUGCAGUUAUUCAGCUAUUUAGUGCAGGAUUUUUUAAAUUCAUUUUUUACGUUUUUAUUGUCUAUUUUUAUCUUUUUGGUUUGGUUAUUUGCAAAUGAAUAUGAAUUGUGAAUUGACUUCUAUUGUGGUUGUUAACCCAGGUGCAUUCUGGGAGAGUUUGAGCCAUUGCCACUUUUAAAGCCUCCUUGUUGUCUUACUCUUUCAGUAGCAGUUUCUACGUCCAUUGUCACUCUGCCGAGCUGUUACAAUUUAACCAUAAUGUGACAAUUUGGUCAACUUCAAUUGACCAUGUACACUGAUGAUAUUGAUGCUACUGUGAAGCUAUGCAAUUCACUGUAAUUAAAAGACAACAAGCUGCA